GGGAAGUAGGUGGGUGAUUCACCUUGGGCUCCUCCUAGCCUCAGUUUCCAUGUUGAUGCAACCUGAGGCCUCCUCAGUGAGUCAAAACUGAGACGACUCUGGCCCCUGGGGAGGCUGCUGGCUCCAGGUACAAAAAAGACCGCAGCCAAGUGUGACAGAGAAAGUCCCCGUGGCCCUGGGCAUGCCUGCAUGUAUGUGGCCAAGGGCCUGACAGCCCACUGCCUCCCUCCCUGGCAGGCACUGGGCUCCCUCUGCUCCCCGUGGGCCGCUCCCCGCGUGGGGCCAUUGCCCCCGGCCCCCGCCAUGGUGCGGAUUUCAAAACCCAAGACGUUUCAGGCCUAUUUGGAUGAUUGUCACCGGAGGUAUAGCUGUGCCCACUGCCGAGCACACCUUGCCAACCACGACGACCUCAUCUCCAAGUCCUUCCAGGGCAGUCAGGGGCGUGCCUACCUCUUCAACUCUGUGGUGAACGUGGGCUGCGGGCCAGCCGAGGAGCGGGUGCUGUUAACAGGCCUCCAUGCUGUCGCUGACAUCCACUGUGAGAACUGCAAGACCACUUUGGGCUGGAAAUAUGAACAGGCCUUCGAGAGCAGCCAGAAGUACAAAGAGGGGAAGUACAUCAUUGAACUCAACCACAUGAUUAAGGACAACGGCUGGGACUGACUGACCCCUGCUUCGGACGCAUGUGGCUCCAGCCCGGCCUGGCCGCCGGCCUUGCACACCUGCCCCUCAGAGCCCAGGCAGAGGAAGGACCCGGCUCCUGUACUUAUAUUUUAUUGCAUGCACUGUGACCUUGGGGGGGUGGGGGAAGGAACCGGAAGGGGGACUGCGCCCCCACCUCUCCUGCGAUCUGGCUGGCUUGGAUCUCGUUUUUAAAUCCCUUUCUACCCCCGCUGCCCUAUAGCUAUCGUCUGAGUGCGUCUCCUUAGGCCCCACCCAUCCCCUAAACGUUUCGCCCCCCCCACCCCUCAUCCCACGCGUGUCAGCACCCCUCAUUCUGUAGCCUUUGUACAUAAUAAAACAAUGAAGUGGAGACCG